AUCAGUAUGGUUUUUGGAAUUACAAUUGUAACGCGAGUGCCUCUGGCGUUGAUUAUAUAUAUGGGGGUCGUCUCUUUGCUCCUACUUCGAAGUAUAUUGACGAAUUACAAAACAGCCUUCGAUGCCAUCUAUCGGGACCAGACACCCGGAAUCCAAGCACUCGAUUACCGCACCUCUGUCCGCGCAAAUGCCUUUUCCCAGUAUCUUUAUCGAGACCUAAAUGCCACCGCGUAUACCUGGCAAGGAAACAUCUGGAUUCCCCCCAUUGGGGUUCCCCAUUAUUCUGGAGUUGCCACCCGAUGCCUGUUUCAAUCCGAGAACACGGUCAUGGUUGGGGAUUCUACUAUUCGGCAGCAGUACCACACUUUGCGAUCGUUCCUCGAAUCAGAAAACCCCGACAACAUCCCCGUGGCGCAGUUUGGGGAGGGGCGCGACUUUUAUCCAAACCUGGGUUCGAAAAAUGCAUUCGAAACAACCAUGGAACGCAAGGUGCUUGGGUCAAAGGGCAACUGCUUCCGAGUCCGAUCCACGGGCACGGAUGGGAAUAGUACAUCCUACAGCCAUCACAAAGAAAAGCACGGCCCUGAUUCCACAAGCAACAGCACCCCCGGUAGAAACUACGGGUACCAUUCCGAGGAAUGCCUCGAGACCGGAAAAUACGAUUUGUUCCGAUUGAAUUGCUUCAAGGAAGCCAUUGACUGGCUCCAGAGAAACAGCACCAUACCCGACAUCCGACACCGCUACAGCUUUGUGGUCCUGUCCCUGGGAGUAUGGGAACUCGAUGAAUACCAAAAGGCGAGUUGUGCAUCGCUCGACCGCCUCGAAGAGCUCCUCGGCCUCGUUGCCCGGGAGCUUUCCGGACCGGACCUCUUUGUCGUCUGGCAGGCCCACGCUCCCGAUUCGAGCCACAUCGGCGACGUCGGGGCCGACACGCUGGCCCUGGGGGACCGGGCGAGUGCCUGGUUCGUAGAGAACAGGCCCCGUUACAUGGAUUUCAUCGACGUCGGCAACAUGCUCGUCCGGGCCAAUCGUGCGUUUGCCGACCAGCGGAUCGGUGGCGACCACCACGCCCACUGGGGAUUCGAGGCGCGGGCACUGCAGGGACAGCUCGUGGCCCAGGCGCUGCACCGGAAGCAACAGCGAGAGGGAAUGGAUUGCGUCGUCCCGUAUACCCACAGCGCCUGACCAACUGCCGGUUGGUUGGUACCCGGAUUGGAUUGAAUCGAAUCGAAUUAAAUUAAAUCAAAUCGAAUCGAAUCCAAUCGAAUCGAAUCGAAUCGAAUCGAAUCGAAUCGAAUCGAAUCGAAUCAAAUCAAAUCAAAUCAAAUCAAAUCAAAUCAAAUCAAAUCAAAUCAAAUCAAAUCGUCCGCUACAAGAAACAAACGCAGGCCAAGAGCGCGAAUGCCAAUUAUCAUCCGUUUGCUUAGUGCAACACGGAACGUUUCUCCUCACAAGCAGGGAUGAUGUCUGCCGCAUAUUUUCGAUGCACAACUUCACAGAAUCCGAACUGGUCCUCCAUCCUGGUAUACGACUAGAGUCCGAGUAUGUCAUAACUGCGUCGGUGUCAACGCAGCGCGUAUACCAUGAACGGAACCAGAAUUUUUACCUGUGGGUAGAAGGAAGUUGUGCAUGCGCAUUCGUGAUCUCGAGAGCAUUAGCUCGAGACUCACAGCAAGUAUUAUCUUCAAUACGCUUCAGAGCUUCAGCUCAAGAGCUUGCUGACGAUAGUACUUGCUGGACUGAAGUAGAGCUCUUGCUACAGUUCUUUACGCGACAGUGGAGUGGUGCUGAUUUACCAUGCGCUCAGUAGUGCUUACGGUAUAUCAUUUGUGACAUUUUUGGUUCUACUGAGUUUGAAAUAAUCAUGUAAUGAUGUAUAAUAAACGCCCACUCAACUU